UGCAAAAUAUUUGGGGAGACCGAACUAAAGAAUAAAUAAAAAAAUCUAUAUUAAGAUACAUUCAUUCCAAAUCAUGAUGUAUUUGUAUGCAUGAUGUAACCAUUCACCACCAACACAACAAAUUAAGCUUUCACCUUGUGGCGCCUCAAACUCUCUAAGUGUAGCCAUGAAAGGAAGAAGGGGGUCAAUUGGCUCUGCUAGGGCUACCAGGUCCAGAAGAAGCAACAAGAGUAUACCUAAGAAAGUUGAUGAUUAUGAUGAGCCAGAACUUCAACAGCUAAUUAGGAAUUCUUUUGCUGAUCUUCCAUCCCCCAUCACUGCUGACAUUCUGCUAAGACUUCCCACUAAGUCUAUUCUCAUUUGUAAAUGUGUUUGCAAAAGUUGGAAAGCUGUAAUCUCAGACCCACAUUUUGCCCAAUCACACUUUCAGCAAGUCCCGGCUGAUUCCAUGAUGAUCCGGGCCAAGACUCCGGAUAAUCAAGUGUCAAGAAUCCUGCACCUUCUUGAGUUUGAGCCUGAAAAUUUUGAAAAUGAUGAGGAUGAUGGCCAAUUCUGGUGCUGUAAGAGGGACUUGGUUAUCAAAGCCGAAUGCAACUCUAACUUGAAGCUUGAGAAUACACUGAAGCUUCCUUUUCAUUGGGCCAGAAGAGAUAAGGACAAGAAAAAGGGUAGUCAAAAGCCUAGCAAGUCAGAAGAUGAGAUAUUCAUUAAUAAGGUGAUCAAUUCUUCUAAUGGCUUGCUUUGUUUGUCUGAUCAGGGCAAAGAAAAUUUUAUUGCUUGCAACCCAGUUACAGGUGAGUUCAUAAGACUUCCAAAAGCUACUAGAGUUGAUAAUACUGAUGAGAUGCCCUUGCACCAAAAAAUAUACGCUGGUUUUGGUUUCCAACCUAAAACUAAUGAAUAUAAGGUGGUAAGAAUAUUCAAGAAGCGUUAUAUGAUUGCUCAAAUACACACACUAGGAACAUCAACAUGGAGGAAUCUUGUAGUCAAAUCUAGGUAUUUGACACGGCUUCAAUUUCCUACUUGUGUGAGUGGUGCACUUCAUUGGAUCCGGGUCAGUGAUUAUGAAGACAAAUUAUCAAUAUUGUGUUUCAACUUUGAAACCGAGAGGUUUCGAUCCUUCCCUUGUCCUCCUCAUCUAUUUAAAAUGCAUUGCACAACAUCUGUCACCAUGGGAGAAUUAAAAGGGUGUCUUUAUGUAUGUGCUUCAUUUUCUUUAUCUUAUCAUGAUACUCGUGUCAAAAUGUGGAUCAUGAAGAAAUAUGGUUUUGGAGAAUCAUGGACUAAGGUUUUCAGCAUUGAUGUGACUGAUCUUUGUAACAUUGGUGCUAAGAUUAGAUAUCACACGUAUUGUUUAUGUUGGCCAGUAAAACACUUUAAGAAUGGUGGUGGUAUAUUGAUGUAUCAUUCCUUCAAUUGGUUUAUCUACUAUGAACCUGAAAAGAAUGGAUUCAAAAUUUUCAAAGGUUAUGGGACUAAAUCAAGAUUUAAGGUUAUUCCUCAUAUUCCUAGUCUCAUCUCAUUGAAGGAUGCUGUGAAAAGAGAGAACAUCGAUGUGCAGAAUUUUCACUCAAGUUGUGCAGGGUUAAAAUUGCACGAAGAAAUUAAAGUUCUUUUCUUGGCUAAAGUGAACGCUGAAGCGAGAAGUAUGAUCUGCACAUCAUCUGGUGAAGAAACUGUCAUUCUGGAAACUUAAUCUAUAUCUCAAGUUUGGGUUUGGCACUAGUUGUGAUUUUUGGAAAAAAGUAUAUCUUGUCUUGGGUUAAAAAAAUAUGUUUUGUGUAAACUUAAACCUCAUAAAUUCGGAAUAAUUGUCUUUGGUUUCAUGAUUAUUGCUCAGCAUUCUUGUUCUGUUUUAUGAUCAUCUCCUGCUU